GUGAGGGUGUCGGCCAAAGCCCAGUACAGCAGGUACAGCAUUGAGCCUGCCUCACCCGUCAACUUUGGAGCCAUGGUCAAGGGCACCAAGAAGACCCAGACUGUUGUGCUGGAGAACAAAGGGGUGCUCAGCUUCAGCUUCCACAUCCGCCAAGCACCCAAGGAGGCAUUGGGAAGCAAAAGGUACGAGCAGCCCUGACCACCCUUCCUGUCUGAGGAGGCAGCAGCCCCUGGCUGGUAUGUGGCAGGCAGCCAGGAGACCUGGGCUGUCGUCCAUUUGCAUCCCUGGCCUGGGGAGAGGGAGCAAAAAGCCACCUCAGUAUCCCCAUGUGUACCAUAAAGCUGGUGAUAAAGCUGCCCUGUCCAGCAAUGGGAGCUGCAGGCUGCUCUCUGGGAGGCAUCAGGAGCAGGAAGGCUUUCCCCUCUGAGCAGGAAGGCCAGCUUUGGCCUGAGAGGAAGGCAGGGGAGCUCAGCAUGACACAUACCUCUGCUUUCUGCUCUCAGUUCCAAGCAAAUGGAAUCUGCAGAGCGCUCCACGAGAAGGAAAUCGAGCUCCUUGACAACACAGGUGGGUGACUCCUGCUCCCCAGCAGUGCUGCUGCAGGGGAUGUGGGAAGAUGCUGCUGUGGCCAGGCUGGGGGCUCAUUGCCAUGGGGUGGGCCAUGGUCUGCAGGAUGGCGUCCAGUAUCUGCUCAGUCCCCCUGGCAGUCCUGUGCUCUGGCUCUGACCUGGAGUUGUGGGGUCAACAGAGGGGAGCAGGUCCUGUGUUUGGUAGCUGCCAGCCAGCAUAGGUCUGUGAACACCACAGAAGCAAAAACCUGCCCCACUGAACUGCCAGUCCACAGAGCUUAGACAACAUUGCUUUUUCUUCUUGCCAGUCCCCUACCUCUCUCCCAUCAUUCCUUACAGCUGUUUCUGCUCUCCUCUGGAGGCUGAAGGAUCACAGCUACCACCUUCCUUCUUUACACUCCAACUCCUUUCUCUCUGCCACUUGGGUCAGGCUUGCAGCUCCUUGGCUUGUUGCUCUCAGCCUGGGGCUGCCUUUGGCCCAUGGAGUCAUCCUUCCCUGCCCUGGGACUGGCUGCUUGGGCCCAGCUGCAGGCCAAGGCAGGAUGUACUCUUUGCUGGGGUGCUCAAGGCACAGCUAGUAGCCAUCAGCCUCUCCUGGAACUUUUUCUGCAGGAUCACCUCAGUCUUGGCAUGUUCACGGUGUCCCCCUGCUCCGGCUCCAUCGGUCCGUGGGGCCAGCAGGAGAUCAGAGUGGAAUGCCUCGCAGGGCAGGAGGGGACAUGUGAGGAGCAGCUCAGCAUUGACAUCACGGGCAGAGACCCCAAGGACAACCCCCUUGGCAUUGCCUUCACCCUGAUUGCCCAGUCCUGCCUCCCAGGUACCUACUGCCCACAGUGCCCGUGGUCACACCUGCUGCUGAUCAGCACCUAAACUUGCUGCUUGGAUAGAGAGGCAUGCCAGCCCUGGUGUCCCCCCUAAAAUCCUCAGAGGUUCCAGCCCUCUUUGAGUCCACCAGUGGACUCAUCCCUUCCAGGCUGAGAGGGAAGCAUGGAAGGAUGAAAGGAAAGCGGUGCACUCCAAGACUGAGGCUGACUGAGCUCCAUCCUACCAGCCAGCUCCCCCAGCCUAGGCUGGCUUUAGCAGUCACCCGGGCAGAAAGGGCUUAUCAAGGCUUCUGAGAGGCCAGCAGGGUCCAGAUAAAUUUAUCAGGGAGGCUUCUCCAUGCUCAUCCCUCUGGUGUGUCCACAGCAUUCAUUGAGGAUGUCACAUUAAUCUUCGAGGAGUACCCGAUCUUCAGCAGCACCAACCUCAAGCACAAGCUGCAGUCGGUGGAAGGCACCGGCCUGUAUGUCAGGGAUGAGAAGACAUUCAUCUUCAGCAAGGUUCAGGUUGGGCAACAGGCUGAGGCUCAUUUCAAUAUCUACAACGCAAGUUGUCUGCCAUGCGACGUGGUCCUCUCCAUCAAACCCCUGCCUGGAGAGGAACAAAGCCUUAUCAACAGCAUUUUCAAGCUGCAUCCACUCAAGAUGUCAGUUCCUGGCUCAUCCUCUGCUGUUUCCACGGUGACCUUCAUCCCACCAGAGGAGCAGAAAUACGACUGCAUUUUCAGGGCUUCCCUUGUCAUCCCAAAAGGUUUCAUGAUGCACAACACAGGGGAGGUAGCCCUGAAAUACUCCUGGGAGAAAGCUGCAGAGAGUGAACCAGUGAAGAAGCCAUACUCAACCACUCUGAUGCGUCGGUUCCUCUCCUAUGAUACCGUGAAGCAUUGCAGAGAGCUGCUGCAUCUUUUGUGGUGGGAGCAGGACCAUCCUCCUGAGAUGCCUGAUGAAGUGCAGCGGCUGUGGUGGCCUGACAAGCAGCAGCAGGAGCAGCAGGAGCGCUCCAAGAAGCUUCGCCGCUCAAAACAAAAUAACCUCUCUCCAAAGCGUGCCAGCUCCUCCCUGGAAAUCUUCCCAGAUGUUAUCAAUGAGCUGUUCUCCAUCAGCCCCUACCAUGGCACCAUCGCUCCUGGCCAGAAGCAGACCUUUCACCUGCAGUUCUCCCCAAAGUGCGCAGGGAACUUUAAGACCACCCUGCUGUGCAGGAUUCCUAACCUGGAGCCAAGGCAGAAGAUGGGGCAGGUGAUUGUGAAAGGCACAGCCCAGGAGCAGAAGAUUGUUGAUGAACCAUUGGAGUAGAUGGAGAAAGGCCAGGGACCCAAGAAGGAGGUGCUCUGGAGACCAACACCUGAGGAACAGCAUUUGUGUCAGCUGGAGCAUCCGGCAGGAGCCGGCGACAUCGUGCCUUCUGCUGCUGAUGGUCUCCCACCCUUCACCAGAGACCUCUGCAGCUACCCUGCCAAGCUCCAGUGAACACCUCUGGCUUACCUUUUAGUUAGCUAAG